UUCCCUUCCUCGUGAAGCUCUUCUAAAUCCAACUCCAACCAACAGUCCAUUUGCAGAGUCCUCUGGUUUCUUACUCCUUCCUUCUCGAUUCCAUCUUUAUCAAAAACAUUCCGAUUCAAGGAUUCGAACCAAUCAGAGAUCGAAUCAGCAAAAAGAGGGAAAAAAAAAAGAAGAACAAUGUCGGAAUCUGUGUUACGAUUCCACAGAAAUUGUAUAUUCAGAGCUUUGAUUUUGUUGUUGUUGACGGUUGUUCCAAAUGGAUUGGGUGUUGGAGUGAACUGGGGAACUAUGGCUACUCACCAGCUCCCUCCAGAGAAAGUUGUUAAAAUGCUUCAAGAAAAUGGGUUUCGUAAGUUGAAGCUUUUUGAAGCUGAGGAUCGGAUUUUGGAAGCCCUAAUUGGGACUGAUAUUGAGGUUAUGUUGGCUAUUCCGAAUUCAAUGUUGCAGGUUAUGAGUGAAGAUCCUGAGGCUGCUGCUCUUUGGGUGGAUUCUAAUGUUACUGCUUACACUUAUCAUGGUGGUGUCAAAAUCAAGUAUGUUGCUGUAGGCAAUGAGCCCUUUCUUAAGUCCUACAACGGCAUCUAUCUUCAGUCAACCUUACCUGCCCUGAGGAAUAUCCAGCAAGCCUUAAACGAUGCAGGACUUGGAUCAAAGGUCAAAGCUACUAUUCCUUUCAAUGCUGAUACUUACAACUCCCCGGACUCAAACCCGGUUCCAUCUGCAGGCGACUUUCGGCCAGACGUCCGAGACUUAACAAUCGAGAUCCUACACUUCCUAUCCAUAAACAAUGCACCAUUCACUGUCAACAUCUACCCCUUCCUCUCCCUAUAUGGCAAUGACUACUUCCCCAUCGACUUUGCCUUCUUUGAUGGAACAUACAAGUCCAUCAAAGACGGAGAUCUAACAUACACAAACGUGUUCGAUGCAAAUUUCGACACUCUCGUUUCGGCCCUAACAAAAGCAGGAUACCCCAACAUGAAAAUCAUAGUAGGAGAAGUCGGUUGGCCAACCGACGGCGACAAACACGCCAAUAUCCAAAACGCAAAACAGUUCAACCAGGGAUUGCUGAGACAUGCUCUAAGUGGGGAGGGAACCCCAGCAAGGGUAGGCAUAAUUGACAUCUAUCUCUUCAGCUUAAUCGAUGAAAAUGCCAAGAGCAUAGAGCCAGGGAGCUUUGAAAGGCAUUGGGGAAUAUUCGAGUUUGAUGGUAAGCCAAAAUAUGAGCUAGAUCUGUCUGGUAUAGAGGCACAAAAGGGGUUGAUAGCAGUAGAAGGAGUGAGAUAUAUGGUUAAAAGAUGGUGUGUUUUGAACCCAAAUGUGAAGGAUUGGGAAGGCUUGGCUUAUAGUGUUGAUUAUGCUUGUAGCCUAUCAGAUUGCACUGCUUUGGAGUAUGGAUCUUCUUGCAAUCAGCUAAGUGCAGAAGGGAAUGCCUCUUAUGCGUUUAAUAUGUACUAUCAAAUGAACAGCCAGAAGAGCUGGAACUGUGAUUUUUCUGGUAUGGCUGUGGUGACUCAAGAGGAUCCUUCUUAUGGCAGCUGCCAGUUCCCUGUUAUGAUUGAUUAUACCUUUUCUUCUUCUUGUUCUUCUUGUUCUUCAUUUCUGGAUCUUCUGGUUGCAGGUUUCAUGGGCUUUUUGGUGUUUUUGUUUCUGGAAUGAUUCAUAAUGGAUUUGAGAAUGAUUUUUGUGAA